AUGUGCACAUUUAAUAAUAAAUUGGAAGAAACAUAUAAAAAUAUUAUAAACAAUGUAUUAGAAGAUAUUAAUACAAAAGAAUUAAAUAAAUAUUAUUUUUUAAUUAAACAAAAUGAAUUAGAUUCAAAAUUGUUUUCUUUAAGUAAAAUAAAUUUUAGAGAUGAAAUACUUAUUGAUUUAAAUAAUGACAUAAAAGAAGACCAAUCAUUUGGAAUACUUUUUAAUAAUUCAAAGAUAGUUAAUAAAAAAAUUAUAAAAGAAAAAAAAGAAAAUUAUUUAAUAGAAAAGUUAAUUUCAUCAGAUAAUAAAAUAUCAAACGAAAAAAUAAUAGAAAAAUUAAGUACUUUGAUAAAAUGGAAUAAUGCUAAAACUACUUUGAAAGAUAAUAAGCUGCAUUUGUUUCAUAAUUAUUAUUCUUUUUACGAUGAUAUCUUUAGUAAAAAUAUGUAUAUAGCUGAUGUAACUUAUGAUUUUCAUAUAUCUAAUCAAUUAAAUGAUUUAGUAAUCCUAUCACUAAGUAAAUAUAGCAAAAUUCUUUUUGAUAUAUUGAAUGACUUAAAAAAGUAUAAUUGCAAAAAUUUAAAAAAAUUAAUUAAAGAAAAUGUAAAAAUAGAUUAUGAUCAAAGAUUAAUGAAUGCUGAUACUUCAGGAAAAAGGAAAAGAAAAACAAUAUUUAUAAGUGAGCAAAUGACUAUUUUACAAAUUUCAUAUAAUAAUAAUAUAUAUAAAAUUAAAAGUAAAAUAAAAGGAUUCCAAUUUGACAUAAAUGAAAAUAUUGUUUCAAAUCCACAUAAUUUAUUUAUGAAUACGCAAGAAGGAUGGAUAAUUAUUUUAAAAAAUAAAAAUAAUAAAAUGGAAAAUUUUUUAACUCCAUCUGAAUAUGAAGAAAAAAGAAAAAAUUUUAUUCAAGAAUACAAUAAUCUCCUUAAUUAUUUUGAAUUGAAUUAA